AUGUUCAAGAUACAACACCCGUACGUCUGGCUUUUCUGCGGCUUCGCAGCUAUCGGAGCAUGCCUCUACGGCUAUGAUGGCGUCUACUUCAACGGUACUAGUACGCUUGAUGUCUUCAUCCGCCACUUCGGCCACCGCAAUGCCGACGGCGAUUACGAAAUCUCCCCUGCCAGCCUAGCUGUCAUGACGUCCAUGAUCAACGUCGGCGAACUAGUCGGCUCGCUGGCUGCUGCACCGCUGAACGACCUGUUCGGCCGAAAGGGGGCCUUUGGAUCGGGCACCUUGGCCAUUAUCAUCGGCGUUGUCAUGCAGCUCUCCACCACAUCUAGCAAGGCCCUCAUGACUGCCGGAAGAGCUGUACUAGGCUUCGGAGUGGGUAACUUCUCGGCCACGUCGCCGCUAUACAUGGGCGAAAUCGCACCAGAAUCCCUCCGCAGCCCACUCCUCAUGUGCUGGCAACUCACCCUAUCCAUCUCGCAGAUCAUAGCCGCCGCCAUAAACCGCGGCGUAGUUGACAACCAGACCACCUUUGCCUACCGCUUCCCAAUCGGCUUCCAGCUCAUCUUCCCCCUUGUAAUCGUCCUCGGAAUAGCAUGGGUCCCCGAAUCCCCGCGCUGGCUCCUCCGCCGCGGCCGUCCCGAUGACGCCGACAGGUCGCUGCGCCUUCUUCAUCACGAAGACAAGGCUUACAACCCGAUGCCAGUGAUGCGUUCCAUACAGGAGGAUCUCGAGAGGGAACGUGCGAGCGAGACCGAGGGAGCAUGGAUACAGCUCCUUACGGAUCCUAUAGAGAGACGCAAGGUGGUGUAUAGUGCGGGAGCGUUGGUUGCGCAGCAAAUCAACGGCAUCCAAUGGUUUUAUUACUUUGGCACUGUCUUUUCCAAAGCCAUUGGGCUAAAGGAUCCCUUUCUCAUGACUCUGAUUGUCUUUAUCAUUCAGGUUUUUGUCGUCUUGGCAGCUGUGUUGCUGGCUAACAAGCUUCCUCGACGGCCAUUGUUGAUGAUUACAACGGGUAUCAUGACUGUUUCCAUCUUUGUUGUUGGCUGCUUGGGUAUCCCUGGUGGAAACCCCAGCGAGACUAUCGGUAAGGUCAUUAUCAGUUUUGUUAUUAUUGAGAUUGUAGCUUUCAACUUUGCCUGGGGACCCCUUGGCUGGACUAUUGCAUCUGAAAUGGCCGUCGGUCGGAACCGCAACAAGAUCUACGCCGUAGCCGUCGCUGCCUUCUGGGUGACCGUUUGGGUGACCGUCUUUACACUCCCAUACCUCUACUACUCGGCGAACCUCGGACCUAAGACUGGUUUUGUGUACACGGGACUAUGUUUCGUUACUUGGGCCUACGUCUACUUCUGCGUUGGAGAAGUGACGGGUCGCAGUAUCGAGGAGAUCAAUGGCUUCUUCCGUGAUGGUAUCCCUGCGAGGCACUGGAAGCAACAGCCGCACAGGGGUGAGGCAGCGCACGAGGUUGAUGGCGAUACCAAGGCGCCGAGUGCAUGA